UGCCAUGACUAGAACGCUACUUGAAUAUUCAGUUUUUUCGCCCUUCCAAAAUGAUCAAGCGAAAAUUCAAACAGUUCCGGAACACGAAUGGCUAAUUUCCGGUCAUUCUCGAGCCAGCGGUUUGAACAAAUAGAGCCCUCUUUUUUUUGGUUCUGCUGCCUUCGCUGGUAAAAGGGCAUCGGUCUAAGUGGCAUCGGAAUGGCUUAAAUUAAUGCCAAUUUGGCAGUUUCCCAAAAGAUAGCUUACUUUACGCAACGUAUAUUGCUCACCCACUCAGGCUUUCCAAAUCACCUUGUCAACAAACUUCUCUCUGUGUUGUUUCUCUCCACUCUGCACUCCUUUCAAAUAAACCUUUUCUUGAUAACACACUUUGUAAGAUAUCCGAAGGGAAAUUAACCCAUGAAUAGCAAUAACAAGCAGACUCAGUAUAUUGUCGUCAAAUCCGGCAAUAACAAAAAGUCAAAAGCUGUGAAAGCAAUAAAAGAUUCUAUGGACAUUGACAAAGCGGAAGAAAAUUGGCCCUCAUCUUUAAAUGAAUAUGUAGCUCAUGCUUUCGCACACUGUCCCGUAGAAAAAAAAGCCUUAUUGGAGAAUCAAUUGAAAAGUAUUAUCAAACAGGCGCAAAGAACAAAUAUGCUGGACAUUAUUGACUGGAAUGAGCGCGAUUUGCCCACUGCGUGCUCAACACAACAAAAUCCAAACUCCUCACGUUUAUUCCACAAACCAACAAAACAAAAACAAUUGCAAACGCAACCAAAUCAACAAACACUUACAUCGAAAAUGGGAAAUAUAGAAUUGACGCCAGCAGAGAUAAGAAAAAGAGAAUUGAGAGCUCUUAGGUUUCAGCAGGAUACCAAAAAAACGUCGGCACCGUCACCUCCUGCGCCAUCCACACCCACACUAGGCACAGUAACAGCACCAAAACCUGUAGCAGCCAAAGUGCCGGGAGCAAAAGGGAAAAAGCAACGCUUAAUUACACCUAUUGUGUGGGAGACGGAAACAGCUCCACCCUCCAAUCAAAUCAUUGUUGGUACAAGUACUGAAUUGGAAAAGCCAUACUUUAGAUUGACUUCAGCAGCUGAUCCUGCUACGGUUCGUCCAUUACCUGUUCUGAGAAAAGCGUUCAAAUUUUUGUUAAAGAAAUGGAGAGAGGAGGAAAAUUACUCGUAUAUUUGUGAACAAUUCAAAUCAAUGAGACAGGAUUUGACCGUGCAAAGAAUUAGAAAUGAUUUUACUGUUCAAGUGUAUGAAGCGCAUGCAAGAAUUGCCCUUGAAAAGGGCGAUCUUGGUGAGUAUAAUCAGUGCCAAACACAGCUAAAGUACCUUUACGAGCAAGAUAUUCCAGGUAGUAAUGAAGAGUUCCUUGCUUAUCGUAUUCUAUACAUGCUAUUUUCACAAAACGAAUCAGAUAUCAAUUCUAUGCUAGAGGAAAAGGCUCGUAUGGGUUUGGAGGAACAGUCUGACUGUGUACAGCAUGCUUUAAUGGUUCGAUCUGCGUUGGCAAAAGGAAAUUAUUAUCAAUUUUUCAAAUUAUAUAAAAGCGCACCGAAUAUGGGUGGUUAUUUAUUAGAUCAGUUUGUGGAUAGAAAACGGAUCGAGGCUUUGAUUGUCAUAUGUAAAGCGUAUCAGAAGGGUAUCCCUUUCACUUUCCUCUCUAACCAAUUGGCUUUCAAUUCGUUGAAGAAAUUCAGACAGUUUUUACGGAAUCAUGGUUUGCAUGUUACGAAAAAAAUGCCAACUUUCGAUACAAAAGGCGCACUACCUGUCUUAUUAGCACAUAAAGAUAAUUAUAGUAGGGUGGAUAUCAAAGGCCAAAUUUAACGUGUCCCGAGGAUCAUUUUUGAUAUUUAUGCGUGUGCAUAAUACUCUCACUUCUGUUUUUGAUGUUACUUUUGCAGAAUAAAAUUUAAUACCCCUGAAUAAACAAAUACUUGCAACGCCAAAGAGGACUUGUUUGCAAACGUG